UGAGGUCUGGUUCCUAUUUACCCAAGUUAGAGAUAGGGGCCUGCGGAAACAUGAAGAGGGUAAAUAGCUGUGUGAAGGAUGAAGAGCAUGUCCUGGAGGAACUGGAAACAGAAGGUGAGAGGCAGCUCAAGAGCCUCCUUCAACAUCAACUUGAUACCUCUGUCUCCAUUGAAGAAUGUAUCUCUAAGAAAAAGAGCUUUGCCCCUGGGACUAUGUACAAGCCCUUUGGGAAGGAAGUAGCCGGGACAAUGACUUUGUCCCAGUUCCAGACAUUACAUGAAAAAGACCAGGAAACUGCUUCUCUCAGGGAACUAGGGCUCAAUGAAACAGAAAUAUUGAUCUGGAAAAGCCAUGUUUCAGGUGAAAAGAGGACAAAGCUGAGGGCAACUCCUGAAGCAAUCCAGAAACGGCUUGAAGAUAUUAAAGAAAGGAUCUCGGAGCGCCAGCGCAUCCUCUGCCUGCCACAGAGGUUUUCAAAGAGCAAACAGCUGACCCGAAGAGAGAUGGAAAUUGAAAAGUCUUUAUUUCAGGGAACUGAUCGUCACUCCUUCCUUAAGGCUCUUUAUUACCAAGAUGAACCCCCAAAGAAGAACAAAGGUGAUCCCAUGAACAACCUGGAAAGUUUUUACCACGAGACUAUAAUGAAAAACCGUCUUGAAGAGUUCCAACUUUUGAGAGGUGAACCCUUUGCUUCCCACUCACUGGCCUCAGCUGCAUCAGUGAGUGAUAGUGGCACAGCUGAGAGCCCGUCACUCCUCCAGGACAAGGGAAAACAGGCAGCACAGGGUAAAGGCCCCAGUCUCCAUGUGGCAAAAGUUAUUGAUUUUCCACCUGAGCAAUGUUGGACUGGGCCUAAGAAGCUGAAGCAACCAAUAGAAUUUAUCCCAGAAGAUGAAAUCCAGAGAAAUCGUUUGUCAGAGGAGGAGAUCCGAAACAUUCCUAUGUUUUCUUCAUAUAAUCCAGGGGAACCAAACAAGGUGCUAUAUCUGAAGAACCUUAGUCCUCGGGUGAAAGAAAGAGACCUUAUCUCAUUAUUCGCUCGAUUCCAGGAGAAAAAAGGACCACUCAUUCAGUUCCAAAUGAUGACUGGACGCAUGAGGGGACAGGCUUUCAUCACCUUUCCCAAUAAAGACAUAGCAUGGCAAGCACUGCACCAAAUUAAUGGAUAUAAACUCUAUGGGAAAAUAUUGGUGAUAGAGUUUGCGAAGAGCAGAAAGCAGCAGUCCGCUGCUCAGCACGCUCCGCUUAUAGCAUCUGCUACAGAUGGCAGAGCAGAAAUCAAUGGUAGCUAGAAACCCAUAUCAACCCACAUGUACAUGCACAUUGGAAUAUAUGUAUGUAGUAUGUAUGUAUGUAAAUAUACACUCAGAUGAUUUUGCUUUUAUCAUAAUCUUAGCUCAAGAAUGUGUGUAUUCUUAAAAAUUUGUUGAAAAUAGAAGAGGAAAUAUUAGAAAGACAGAAAUUAGGACAAUGGCCUCAGCAUUUGGAAAGAAUUGAUAAAAAUACAUUCUAUAAUUAAAUACUGUAUAAUAUCAAAAAGAUUAUAUAAAAUUGACAAUAUCCUGAGUGUUAAAAAUAAUAAUGAAACAUUCUAUAUGGCAGAUAAUACUCUGAGUAUUAAGAUCAUGUGAAAACCUUUAAUUCUCAGGAAAUAUUACAUAGGACUGUUCCUCAAGAUUCCAAAAAUUCUUUAAUAGUUUGUAGUCUUCAGUGUUUAGUCCUAGACAUAAGACUUUUUCUAGGACUGUUUCCUGUAUACAAAGUUUUAAAAGAAACCCAGUGUUAAAAUAACUAUUUACUAGAACUCAGACUGUAUUUUGUCCGAACUUUCAGCAGUUUCAGUAGGUAGAUUCAUAAGUUUUAUUUAUUUAUUUAUUUAUUUAAUGAUUGCUUCCACACUGUUUUCAGAGUCCUCAAAACCAUAUGUAUUACUAUAACAUCUUUUAAAUAUUGGUAAUCUCAUGAUACGAUUGAGUUCCAAACAGUACACAUUUAACAUGGAGUGCCUGCCUAAUAUAUGUUAAAUAUUAGGUACAUGAACUUUCAAGAGGAAUGAAGUAGCAUAUAUACUAAAGGGACAAGGAAAGAAAGUGUUUUAGAAGAAAGUCAGCCUGCCUCAAAUCCCCUGGUGAUUUGUUUAGAGUCAUUGAAGAAUAGGAACCUAAUAUGGUUUAGAUGGUAGAACCAGCUUUGGAGUUAGACCUGUGACCCUCAAAGUCACCCAUGUUUACCACCCCGAGCUUAGAAAGUCACUUAAUCUGAGCCUCAUUUAUCUCAUCCAUAAAUAGUAACAUUGCUUCUCACCUCCCUGGUUAAAUGAGAUUAUACUAUCCAAGGUAAGGAAAAA